AUGCGAUUAUUAUCAGAAGGUCAGUUUUAUCAUAUCAGUCGUGCAGCUGCUGAUAGUCAAGGAGAUUCGUUUAUUAAUGAAAGACAAUGUCGCCCGACUUACGAUUUGUUACGAUUCCUAUCGCUAGUAUUUUCUCGUCAUUUUUGUAACACUAUUACAACAGUGGCAGAAGCAGAAGCAGCACUUAUUUAUGAUUCAGGCAAUCUUUUUCAGUUUAUUCAAUACGUUGCACCUGUCAGCUAUAUGUGUGCAAAUGAUGUAAAUGACGAUUGGACUGAGCAAAUAGAAGACAGUAAAUCAUUUGGAUUGUUUUCAGUUAGUACCGUCGUUCUUUUCUCCUUUUACAAAACUACAGUUAAAGACGAAAAAAUGGUGUCCCUUUCUAUUUUCUUGUUCUUUAUCAGCUUGGCCAUUAUGGUCUCGGAGAUGUAUGAUUGCAUUCAGAAUUGA